AUGAUGAUUCUUAGCUAAUUCAUUAAUAAAAACCAACAAACCUGCAGACACAUUGGAAAUUUAGAUUUGGCAAUUGAUAAAAUAUUGAAAAUUCUGUCUAUUUUUAGAGCAAAGGUAAAAUUAAUGAUAGUUUAUUUCUUAGCGAUAAAUUAUUUUUCACUAUUUUUGA